AUGGAAGUCCACACUUCGGACUAUUACGCCAUUUUGGGGGUUUCCAGGGGGGCCAGCUCUGAGGAAAUCCGCAAGGCCUACAGAAAGCUGGCCAUCAAGUGGCACCCAGACAAGAACAGGGAAAGGCAGCAAGAAGCAACAGAGAGGUUUAAAGCAAUUUCGGAGGCUUAUGAAGUUCUUUCCAAUGACGAGAAGCGCCGACUCUACGACAUCAGCUUCUCCCAGCCGCCAGAAGGGCCCGGGCUGCGGCGCACUGCCUCUUCUGCUGCUGCUGCAGCAGCAGCAGCAGCAGCAGCAGCAGAAUUCGCAAGGUUUCAUGAGGCCUUCCAGUUCAGCGACGCGCAGCGCAUCUUCGAAAUGGCCUUCGGGGGUUCUCCCUUUGGGCGGGUUUAUUGUUUCGGGCGGAGAGUUGAAGGAGUUACUCACCGGACAGUGACGCAGACUGAAGAUGACGGGAGGGGCAACGUGAGGGUUUACCAAACAGACCCCAGCAGCAGCAGCAGCAGCAGCAGCAGCAGCAGCAGCAGCAGCACGAGGCGGCUGCGCUACUAA